GCGGGGGCUGCUGCCGGCGGUGCGGGGCUCGGGGGGGCCGCUCCGCUCCUGCCGCCGUCAUUGGCGGCCCCGGCGGCGCUGGGGUGCGGGGCGGGGAGGGGGGAGCUCCCCCGCGGAGCCACGGCUGCGGGGCCCGGCCAUGUGCCGAGCGUAGCUGCUGCCGGUUCCGCUCCGCGCCGCAGCCCCGGCCGCGUCCGCGCCGCGCGGGUUCGGCUCCAUCAUCUCCUAAUCAUUUCCAGCUGUUUCUCGUUGGCGCUGGAGCUCUCCGAGGAGAGACUUCGGGAGCCGCGGUCCUCACCUGCGAGAUCCGGCACAAUUCCCCCGGUGAAGGCUGUUAAUGGAGAAGAGUGCGGAUGACAGCCGGGACCGUGGUCAUCACAGGUGGAAUAUUAGCGACUGUCAUUUUGCUUUGUAUCAUCGCUGUCCUCUGCUACUGUAGGCUCCAGUACUACUGCUGCAAGAAGGAUGAGUCCGAGGAGGACGAGGAGGAGCCCGACUUCGCCGUGCACUCCCACAUGCCGCCGCUUCACUGCAACCGCAACAUAGUGCUGACCAACGGCCCUUCCCUCUACGCCUCGUCCCCCUUCAGCAAGAAGCCGGCUCCGAGCCGGCCCGGCUGCCCCGGCUGCGGUCCCUACGAGCCCCCCACCUUCCUGCUGCAGGAGCCCCCCGAGGAGCUGCACAACGGCGGCGACCGCGUGAGCUACACGUCGGUGAGCCAGGAGGACCUGGAGCUGCCGGUGAGCGUGGCCAACCUGCAGGCACUCAACCCCAACCGGCUCUCGGCCAUGCGUGAGGCCUUCUCCCGCAGCCGCAGCAUCAGCACGGAUGUGUGAGGAGCUGCUG